UUUAGGGAUAGGAAUGGCGAGUUGCGCGAUCGUGCUCCUGGCAGCGAUUGCCCUCCUGAUUCAGGUAAACGCAAAGGAAUGGCGAGCAGGAGCUCAUCACCAUCAUCUCAUCACGCGCAUGCAAUCGCCGAGAAGAGGAGCUGCGCUGCCGCUUGCCUUGAAAGAAGGCUUCGCCUACACGGAGCACUACUUCCAGCAGACGCUGGAUCACUUCAAUGUGGGGAAUAUAACGCUCUUUCCCCAGCGCUAUCUCCUCCACAAUGCCUCGUGGAGUGGAGGUGCCAGUGGAGCUCCCAUCUUCGUCUACUGUGGUAACGAGGGCGACAUUGUGUGGUUUGCCGAGAACACUGGGUUUAUGUUUGAUAUUGCUCCUCUCUUUGGAGCACUGCUCGUCUUCCCCGAGCACCGAUUCUAUGGAAAAUCCCAGCCUUUUGGAGGCCAAAACGGUCCUAAGGAACUGGCAUUUUGCUCUGCCGAGCAAGCUCUGGCCGAUUUCGCGACGCUCAUACUUGAUCUCAAGAGGAAUCUCUCGGCGCAAGCAUCGCCAGUGGUGGUCUUUGGCGGUUCUUAUGGUGGAAUGUUGGCUGCGUGGUUUCGGCUGAAGUAUCCACACAUUGCGAUCGGAGCUCUCGCGUCGUCAGCACCGAUACUACAGUUCGAGAAUAUUGUUCCAUACACUACGUACUAUGACAUCGUCUCGAACGCUUUCAAGAGGGAGGGGGAGGAGUGCUUCGAGAUCAUACGGAAUUCAUGGACAGCGAUCACGGAAGCUGCUGAACAGCAGAACGGGCUUCGCAAUCUCAGCCAAGAUUUUCAUAUGUGCAGCGAUUUCAAAAACGCGGAUGAGUUGAUAAACUGGCUAGAGUCUGCGUACUCGUACCUCGCCAUGGCCAAUUAUCCAUAUGCAGCUAAUUUUACAAUGCCACUUCCUGCGUAUCCCGUUCGAAAGGUCUGCCAGGCAAUGGUGAACUCUCCCGUGGCGUCAAGCAUUCUUCAAAGGAUAUAUGCGGGGGUGAAUGUUUACUACAACUUUACAGGGGCCGCAAAAUGCUUUGAUCUUGACGAUGAUCCGCAUGGUUUAAGCGGGUGGAACUGGCAGUCUUGCACCGAGAUGGUUAUGCCAAUGAGCUCCAAUUCAAGUACAAGUAUGUAUCCUCCGUUCGAGUGGGAUGGCGAGGCCUGGAGCAGGUUUUGCUGGGAAAAGUAUGGUGCAAUACCUCGGCCGAGCUGGGUGACAACGGAGUUUGGAGGCCAUGAUAUCAAGUCUGCGUUGAGAAACUUUGGAAGCAACAUUGUCUUCUCGAAUGGCUUGCUGGAUCCUUGGAGCGGUGGAAGUGUUCUGGAGAGCAUAUCGAGCACAAUACUGGCGUUUGUCACGAAAGAAGGAGCGCAUCACCUUGAUUUUCGGUGGAGUAGAAAGGACGACCCGCAAUGGCUCAUUGAGCAGCGGGAGCUGGAAGUGAGGGAGAUCAAACGCUGGCUGAGUGAGUACCAUUCCCUCCACAGACAAAACGUCUUUGUCAUUUGAUAAACUGACACAUAAACUGGAACUUGGAUGAUUAACUAAAAUUAUUCAAUUAUUAACUA